AUGUGUCCAAUAAUUUUUGAUAAUUUACCUGAUAGACAAAAAUUAAAAACAUCCAUAUUCGAUGACAACAUUCACAAAUAUGGUGAGCUCAUCAUCCAUACUAUAGACGGCACAAAGUCAAAUCUAUCCAAAAUUCUCAUCGAUUCUGGAUUCGCUCUCUACGAUGUAUUCCUUUUUCAUCAAGAACUUAGUAUUGGUAAUCUGAAAACAAAAUUAAGUAUAAGUAAAGCUAAAGAAGUAAUUAGACACUUAGAGAAAGGUGACCGCAAUAAGAGUGAGAAAGAGAGAGACAGUAAAGUCAAGAAGCAGACAGCCAUCUUACACGCUGCACAAGAUUUCGAAACAGUUCUGACAACUCAAAAUCUCGAGAAACACAAUCGCCAAUUGAGCGGUGCAGCCAUUGACAACUUGUUGGAGAAGAAAAUGAAAGAUUUCGACAGAUGCAAAGAUAUCGACGAAGAGUCUAUGGGUAGAGGCUUGAAUUUGAAACAUAGCCCGGAAGACCAUAAACCUUCGAUGCUAAAAAAGAAAUUGGAGUUUGUUAAGCUACAACAGAGUAGAGUAGUAAUGAAAGAGCGAAAGAAUUUCCACAAUGAUCCGUCAAAAAUUCUCCUAGCGACCAAACGAUUCUUGGAAAACAAUGCUGUGUAUGAUGAUGAAACCGAUUUGAAUACAACAGAGAAUGGACCUUUAAAUACAUCAGAGAUUAAAACUACUGAAGACAACCUUUACAAGAGAGAAAUUGAAAAGUUUACCUAUGAAGAUAAUGUCAAGAAUGAAAUUGAAAAACUUCCGAACACAUUAUAUGAAGAAACACCUUAUAGUAAAGCAGAAAGCAGCAAUCAAAUCACCAGUCCUGAGAAUAUUGUGAAAAGAGCAAAAAAACCCACCAGGUCGAGUAAGAUCCCCCAAUAUGAUAUCGCAACUGAAAAACGGGUAGCCUACGGACCACCGGGAUUCAACAUUACGCAUUUGCCUCUAAAAGUUGUUCCCAAAGAAAAAGAAAAUGAGGAAAUUAACCAUACCAGUGUUAUAGACGAUCGACAAGUCGUGGAGAUACAGAAAGAACCAUACGGUGAAGUCGAUUCCAUGAUUAACAUUCAAAUCACUAACAAGGAUACUUUGAUGGAAAGUCUUAGUUCUGUCAAGGAAAAUAAUGUUACAGUAAGCGAAGAUGAAGUUAAAAUACAGCAAGCUAAAAGUGUUGAAAACGAGUGCCUCGAUAUUUCCACAUCAGACCACAGUGCACAGAAUCAAGGGAAUACUAAGACAAGAUCCGCGGUAUUGCAAAAAAAAUUGAAAUUGUACAAAGCAAUGUGUUCUAAACAAUCUGAUAACUCUGCCACAUCUCAUUCGGAUACAACCAACAAAGAUUCUUCAACGAGUGCUGACGAUUGCCAACCUAAAAGGGAAAAGAAGAAUACUGAAUCAGUCAGCUGUGAAUAUUUAGACUCGGACGAUGAUUUGGCCGAAAUAGUUGAGAAAAUCAACGCCAAAUAUGGUGUUCCGAAUGUCAAAACCGAAACAGAAGCACCCAAAGACAUAUCUCAAGUAGUCCGCGAAUACAAAAACAACGUAAAUCCUUUCAAGAACGUAGACGAUAGCAUAUCAGUGUUUGUCGAUAAGUUAAUAGCUCCGGUGCUAAUGGUCCAUUCGAAGAUGGAUAAACGAAUAGAGCCGUGUUCCAAUAUGCGAGAUGUCAAUUUCAAUACUCACAUACAUAUUGUUCUUAAAAACCUUUCUGUAACGCAUCCUAUGAUGUUGCAAAUGAUAUCUUGGCCCGCGAUUUUGCGCGGUUUCAGCACGUUUCUGGUCAGUCCUUUGAGGAGUGGUAAGACUUUUGGGUAUUUACCAGCAGUUUGUCAGCUAGUGACUGAUUUUAAUGCGGAUGGGAUGAGUGGCGCUGGACCUACGUGCAUAAUAGUAUGUGCCACAGCUCAGUCGGUUACGGAAGUUGAAAAGUUAGCUAGAAUGUUUUUAGGGGUGGAGAAGAGAAUUCUGUCUUGCUUUGCUGGAAUGGACGAACUACAUAUGACGACGUCACUGCUAAACGGUUGCGACUUAUUUAUAUGUACACCUUCUGUGUUAGUCAGGUUGUUGCAAAUCGUGGAUUUUGGCGUAGAUCUACGCCGCCUUUCGACAUGCGUUCUGGACGACUGUGAAAGAUUAUCAGAGGUCUACGCUAAUGAGAUCAAAUUUUUCCUGGCGAAGAUCAAAGAGAUGUACAAGAAUCGCGUAAAUAAAGAGUUGAAAGUGCAAUUUAUCGCGGCUUCACGAGUGUGGUGCGACUUCAUGGCACCUUUAGCUAGAAAAGCGCCCAAUUCGGUAAUUUGCAUCGGUGCGUUCCAAGAAUGUGUUCUGUAUUCCAAAACUAAUACUGUCGUGGACUUCGUUAAGAAAGAAAAUAAAGUGAAACAUGUUUUGGAUUUCCUUAAAACUAUAGAUAGGAGUAAAAAAAGUGUUAUCGUCUGCCGCUCGGACGAUGAGGUGGGGGAAUUGACUAAAGUGUUGCUCGAUCAGAAAUAUAUAGUUUUCUCUUGUAAUAGCACUAUGACCGUCGAGGAGUUGUACAAUUUGAGCAAGUCUUGGGUGGAGUAUGAGGAGCCUGUGCUCGGCCCUAUUCUGAUAUGUUGCGAUGGCAACUUGACACAUUUAAACGUCACUGACGCAAAUUUUUUGCAUCAUUACUCCUUGCCUCACUUGUUUUCUAUGUUCUGUAAAAGGUUCUCCGUUCUCAACGACAAUUACUCUUCGAUAUUUAAAGAGGAGCAGCAAAAUGUUAAAAUUAAAGUGUUGUUAGAAGAUAGCAACGCGGAACAGUUGCCGAAAAUUCUGAAUUUCAUCAAAAGAUGUACUGAUAAAGUGCCCGAAUUCUUAGAGGCAAUAAGCGAGAAAAUAUUGCAAGAGAAAGAUGUUGUCAAAGGUGAAAACCUUGUGCCAAUAUGUGACAGUUUGUUGACGUUGGGAGAGUGUCCCGAUUUCUGGAAUUGCCUCGAGCGUCAUGGGGUUUUCAACGAACACGAUAAGCCUAAAGACUGGAUGCCAAGCGGCGGUGUUGUCACAUUUAAAAUACUUCAUUAUCACACUGCUGUACACUACUCGGCACGACUCCUAUCGAACUCUACAAAAGGCAAGAUGACAAAAUAUCCACAAACGUUCAGCAUGUUGCAUCUUAAAAUGGGAAUGUACUUUAGUAAAGAGUGCAACAGGAAAUUGCACGGAACGCCCAAAGUGGGUGACGUUUGCGCAGUAUCCGUGAAGCAAAACUUCUUUGCUAGAUGUCAGGUCUUGAAGAUCCUCAACUAUUACAACAAUGGCACACCGAAUAGCGUUUUGAUAAGAUUACUGGACGAGGAGAGAUUAGAAAGAGCGCGCGAUAUAUAUCUGUACUACUUGCCUAAUGAUUUGAAGAGCAUCGAAACACACAUUGUGCAAGUCAGGCUGGUCAACAUGCGUCCGAAAGAUAACGACGUCACCUUUUCGGAUCUCGCCAAGGAUCAGUUGAAGAAAAUCACUGAUCAAGACGAAGAGUUAUAUUUGAGAGGACAAGUGGUAAUGACUAUUGGAAACUGCGUAUUUGUCGACACUUUAGACGCGUGUCAGGAACUUACCUCUUUAAACGAAACAGUCGUGCGUUACAACCUUAAGAAAGAACUAUUGGAGACACACGCUAUGCACAAUCCAAACCAUUUAGUGAAAUUGAACGCACUUUGCAAAGAUUACGAUUGCGGUGAAAAGGAAAUGAUCGUAGAAGCUACUGAAAUGACAAAACUAAGAAAGUCGCCCCCGAAACCUCAGUGGGCACAUUUGGAGAAAAACGACUUUUCACUAGUAUUCUUCUGUUCAGCGGAAAGUCCUGGGACAUUUUUCGUUCGCCUAACAAAAUUCGAAGCUUGCAUGAAGUUGCUAUUGCAAGAGAUCGAUAAAUACGUUAAAGAUAAGCCUUCUUCAGUAGCGGAUGUCCAAAUAGGUGAUAUACUUCUUGCUAAAUUUCCUGAUGAUGCUACGUAUGAGCGUGCCAGAAUUGAUAAUAUCCUGGAUAAUGAAAAAGUCAGAUGCUUCUUCGUCGAUCAUGGCGAUUGGCGAGUAGUAAUGUUGAAAGAUUUACUUGAAAUACCGGAUAAACUUGUGGCCGUAAUGCCAUUCCAGGCUAUCGAGUGUAGUCUGGUUGGCGUGGAACCGGCAGGAGAAAACUGGACAGAAUAUGGAACCGAUUGGUUCACAUGUAAUUGCUUCCAGGGCAAGAAUGGGGACAUCAAACAACUGUACGUGAAAUAUUUCAAUAAGGGAAAAGCCAACUAUACGAACGGCCACAAAUAUGGUGUAGUUCUAAUUGACACGACGGCAGAACAAGAUGUUCUGAUCAAUCAGUUGCUGAUAGAACUUAAUUUGGCGCAAGCGAAAGAAGACGAAGUGCACUUUUUCAAUGAAAUAAAAAUAAAUAAACCAUACAACAAUACGGAAAGUUCUUCUGAUAACGAUGAAGUUCCCAUAAAAAAAGACCAAUUCGAUAAUUAUCCAACUUCAGUACCAGUCAAUACUCCAAGAGACACUUCCAAUGUGGCAUCAGAUAGUAAUAACAUAUUUAUAAAGGAACCAAUCAGAUCAAUGCCGCUGGUAAAUUCUGAUAAUGAAUCGGAGGCAUCGGAUAAAUGGGAAAUAGAGAACAUCAAUGAAUUGGCUACUGCUAUAUUCAAAACUACAAACACUGCAGAAAGUAAACUUGCUACUGUAGCAGAGACAAUCGACAAUCUUCCCAAAAAUUUGGCUAACAUUCCGGCUAUUAAAAAUACUCCGGUACAAAAAGCAAAUUUAGUUACACCGGCCACAAGCAAUUUCAAUAAACGUAACGAUCCCAAUAUUACAUCCAGCACUUUAGAUUCUGACGACCUGUCCUCAGCAGAGAGCUCACAAGCAACUGAGAGAUUUACGAAAACGCAAAACCGAACUCCAAAUGUCACAGAAGCAGACGAAUUGAGGAAACCGAAAUUAGUUUGGCGUCAGAACAAAAGUACUGUGUCGAUAAAGAUACAACUUAUAGGCGCCGAUGAUUACAAUCUAGUGAUCAAAGAGAGAUCUUUGAAAUUCUCCACUUAUUUGAACGACACGAAUUACGGUUUCCAAAUUGAAUUGUACGGUGUUAUUGAUAAGAAAACUGCGGUGCAUAGCAACAAAGGACAGUACAUACUGGUGAAACUGAAUAAGAUUAUGAAAAAGAAUUGGUUGACGCUGACCAAAGAUGGCAGUCUUAAGAAAUGGAUUGUCUAUGACGUCGAUAGCAUAGACACGUCUUCCGAUGAAGAAGAGGAGAUUGUGAAUCAGCUAGCUGAAAUAGUGAAGAGUACUCACGAUAAGGAUAGGGAUUCUGACAGCGAUGAUGAGUUGCUGGACGAUAUCAAUUAUGAAUAUAAACGAGAUUCUGAUUAAAAAAAAUGUGUGCGUGUACUAGUGUACACACGUAAGAAGUGAAACUUCUUUAUGGCCUUAUUUUUUUCGAAAAAUGAUCUACAUGCAACUUUCCAGAAAUAUAUAUAUAGGCGUGCGCUAAGAUUUUUCAAAAACUCACCCACUAAAGGGGUAUAACUACACCUUACCUUACCUUACCUUACCUUACCUUACCUUACCUUA